AUGCGUCGAUCUAGUCGUCUGGCCCCCCAAGAGACUCCGGAAUCAAACGUUGAGCUGGAAGCUGUUCCAGAGAACUCUACAAAUGAAGGGGUUAGUUUGGCUUUCCCCGAAGGUGGACGGGAGGCAUGGAUUUGCUUGCUGGGAUCAGCUUUGAUGAUGUUUCCUUCAUUUGGCUUUCAGACGGCAGUCGGAUCGGUGCAGGAUUAUAUAGCCACUCAUCAGUUAUCUAACUAUGGUGAUCGCGAUGUUGGUUGGAUCACCGCCGUCAUGGUGUUUCUGACAUUAUUUCUCGGCGUGCAAGUUGGGCCGCUUUUCGACCGCUAUGGACCCAGAGUAUUGUUGACCUGCGGAUCACUGGCGAAUUUUGUCUCCUAUAUUCUCCUUGCAGAAUGCUCACUAUAUUGGCACUUUAUGCUAUGCCUCGGGGUGCUUUGUGGAAUCUCCUCUGCGGUCAUCACGACAGUUUCGAUUGCAGUCCUGAGCCAUUGGUUCAACCGCCGACGGGCGCUGGCGUCCGGAAUAUGCAUGGGAGGCUCGUCGGCCGGUGGUGCCAUUAUCCCGUUAAUGCUACGAACACUAUUUGAUAAGUAUGGCUGGGCCUGGGCUAUUCUGAUAGUCGCUUUUAUGGCCUUAGGAUGCUACAUAGUUGGCAUUCUCCUUAUCCGAGGACGUCUUCCCGCCGGCCAAAAGAGUAGAGUGACCAUCGAUCUUAGGGCCUUCAAAUCUCCACGUCUCUGCUUCCUCGCAAUCGCCGUCUUCUCCUUCGAGUUCAUUAUAUUUGGAUGCGCCGCGUUGCUACCCUCUUAUGUCCGGUACAGCGGGUUCUCAUUGGAUGUGCAAUUCUAUUCCCUGACUGUCCUGAAUAGCAUGAGUCUUCUAGGCAGAGUUCUCCCCGGCUUUGCUGCCGAUCAAGUCGGUCGGUUUAACAUCCUCCUGGUUCUGGUAAUCAUAACCAUGAUUAUUAUGGCGGGGGUAUGGUUGCCAUAUGGAUCUCAUAACGAAGGCACUCUCUACGCCGUUGUGGCAAUUUUCGGGUUUGGUUCUGGUGGGUGGCUCUCGUUGGCACCUGUCUGUGCCGGCCAGCUGUGCGACACUAAAGACUAUGGCAAAUUUUACGGGACUGUUUAUUCGGUUGCGUCGUUCGGGGUUUUGAUCACCGUUCCAAUCGGGGGUCAGUUAUUACAGGCGACCACGCCUCGGGUUCUAAUCGGGUUCUAUUCUGCGGUGUUACUCGCAGGAUUAGUUAGUGUUGCCAUGUCUCGUUGGGCUAUUUUGGAAUGGAGCUGGAAGUGGAAGGUUAAGGUAUAG